AUGAGCUGCUCGGACGUGGCCAUGCAGCAGCCGGCGGCGUGCGGAGCGCCCCGCUACCUGGCCGCGCCCGCGGCGGGCUGCGCGCAGAAGAAGUUAGCUGUGUACAACAAGAUGCAGGAGUCUCUGGAAGUGACCCUUCCCAGCAAGCAAGAGGAGGAUGAGAAAGACCAGCCUGCCGAGAUGGAGUACCUGAACUCUCGCUGUGUCCUGUUCACUUACUUCCAGGGGGACAUCGGUUCAGUGGUGGAUGAACACUUCUCGAGAGCUUUGAGCCAAGCCAGUAGCUUCAGUUCAGAGACUGCCCUUUCCAAGAGCAAGGCAGGGCUGAAUCCUCUGUGGAGAGAAAGCUCAACCAUUUCAAGCCAAAGGAGCGGCUUCCCAACCUCGUUUUGGACCAGCUCUUACCAGCAUCCUCCUCCUCCACCCUGCUUAAGCGGAGUGCACCCCGAUUUCCCCGUGACUGCACCAGGCACCUUCCCAACACCAGAUCCCAGCAGCUGGCCGGGACAUGCCCUUCACCAGACUGCCCCACCUCCUCCCCCAGCCGCCUCCGAGUCCUGGCACUACCCUUUAGCGGCGUCUCAGGUGAGCCCCCCGUACGCACACAUGCACGACGUGUACGUGCACCGCCACCACGCCGGCGCUCCCGGCCACCCCGCCGGCCGCUAUGGCUCGCUGCUGCUGCCCUCGGUGCGCUCCGCCAGGAUCCCGGCACCGCAGGGCGACGGGGCCAAGGCAGACCCCGCCGCCGUCACCGGCGCUACCUCAGCCUGGGCCGGAGCCUUCCACGGGACCGUGGACAUCGUGCCGGGUUUUGGCUUCGAGGCAGGUCUACAGCAUCAGGACAAGAGCAAGGAAACUGCUUGGUUCUGAAGUACAGAGAAAUUGAGGCCAGCUAGAGCUGGAGUCGGCAGAGCUGGUGAUGCAGGGUGAUGCAGCAGUGGUUGACUCCUUCUGCGUGGAGCAAAGGACACACAUGAAGAUGAAGGGCCAACUAUUCUGGUUUUGCUAUUGAGCCUUUUAUUUGUAAGGCCAUUUAUGGGUCCCACAGUGUUGGAAAAAAAAAAGCCAGAAACCUAACUUUUCUUUCUUUCCUCAUCUGAGCCUGCUGCAGCUGGGCAACCUAACUCCUUUCUGCUCCUUUAACAGUGUUUUGUUUUGUUCAGCUUGAUAUUUUUAUGAACAGUCUCAAUAGUCAGGAAAAAGACUCUGCCUUGACUACAGUGCGCCUUCUUUCAGGAAUACAGUAUUUUGUAGCUCUUUGUGCAUCUAUUUUUGUAGAAAUACAGAAAGUUUGGGUAAGGAUUGAUGGGCUAUUUUAGGAUGACAUAUUUUUUUAAAAAAAUUGUAAAAUUGUUAAGUUCUGUUUAAAGAACUUGCUCUCAGAGAAGCACUGGCAAAAAUGUAUAAAAUGCUAUUUUUAGAUGUCUGUGAUGUGUUUGUGCAUUUUGGGUUUUUUUGUUUGUUACCUCAAAUGUCUAUCUUUCCUUUCAUUUUAAAGAGCUAAACUCCUUUGUUUCCACUUUACUAGAUUCUGAUGUUUUUGUCCUUUUGUUCUAGCUUAAGCAAGUAUAAUUCACAUCUGAAGUUUCAGCCAAAUAUUUUUUUCCUGGUGUUAGAUUGUAGUAAAAGUGGUUUUGUUUUUCUUGCUUCUAAAGGUGGCUUUGUGCCGUGCUGAUUGUCAGAAACUCACAAACACCUUUAGCACAGAGCAAAGCUUGAGGUUACAGCAACUGCAUUUCCAACCCAUCCAUUCUUUCAAAAUGGACCAAAUACUCUUAAAUCAGACACAAAUAAUGGGCCUCAUCUGUGAUCCAUUGAAGUUGAUCACAGUUCCCUGUGGGUUAUGUUGCAGUACAAUCUCACAGGCAGGACAUUCAGCUAAGCCAUUUCAGGGUGGUAACUUAAAACAUCAAUAUUCAGGGAAAAAAAAAAUAUUAAAAAUCCAUUUUUUUUCUAAAAUGUGUGGCUUGUGGAAACAAAAGGUUUUCAGCUGGCCUGCUCUGUGUGCUGGGCAGCUCAAGGGAAGCACUGCAGUUCCCAUCUCCCGUUGACUCCAGGAUGCGUUUGCGGAGUCGGAAGCAGCCGCGCGCGCCGAGCCUGCACACCCCGGGGCUUGGCGGCUCUCGGGAGCAGAGCCUGGCCUUGGAACAGCACCGUGGCCACGUGGAAAGCACAGCCCUCUGCUUGGGAAACCCCCCCUGGGCUGGGCUUUGGCUCUGACCUGUGUAGGGAAGGCUGUGGUUGGAGCCAAGGUAAGCGCGAUCAAAUCUUGGGUAGGGGCUGUGCGGUCGCCCUGCAUCAGGCUCCGUGCUCAGCCCCUGGGGACUCCAGCAAGUGUCACCAUGUGCUUAGCUGGGACUGAGGGCAGCCCAGGAUCAGGACCUGGCUGUUGCUUGGAGAUGUUGCCUUUCUGCUCUGUGCACCCAGGGUCCCUCUGUAGUAUUUCCUAAGGCUCUUACAAAGCAUUGUAUUUCUGUCACUCUCAGACAUCUCUGGUUGAAAGGCACACCGGCUGAGUGGAAAAACCAAGAUAUAAACACAUGGUUGAGAUAAGAAGGAGUUUAAUUUUAAGGCACUGAGCGUUGUAAAUGUAGUUUUGUCAGGUGGAGACCACAUGGAUCUGUGUGUGAAAGGGGAGGGGGGUGCUGGGAAGUGCAUGCCACUCCGAGGUUCCCUGCACUGCUGCUUCCCUCCAGGCUUUUUGAACUUGAUCCUGUGAGGUGUUGAGCAUUCUUCCUUGUCAAGGCAGAGGGCUUGACAUGCCAGCACUGGAGGCAUUAGGAUUAUAUCACAAUUUGGCAAGACCCUUAAGUCUCUGCCUUGCUGAUUUGAAGUUUGAGACAGCAUAUAAAAGCUGAAUGGACUAUGCUUAAAUAUUGCUUUAAAGUAAUAAGGUUGUAGUCUCUGUGUUGGGAUGAUGAAUUAAAUGUGGUGGGGUUUUUUUCCUCAUCUUUGUAGUCCAUCAGUAUUUCUUUCUCUCAAUAAAUUUCACUCUCAUGACAGUUCUCUCUAUUAUUGCUGCUCUGGUGGAGCUAGCUCCUCAAUUUGUCAAUAAAUUCAUAAUGCAGUGGGAAAACUGUAUGGGAGGGAAUGGAGUACCAGCUGCCAUAGUUCACUUUCUUAUCAGGACAGUGCAGUUCAGGAAAUAUCUCAAGAAAAAGAGUUCUGACUUAGGGAUGCUCACAGUAUUAGAAAUACUGGGAGGAAAUUAAAUCUAAGUGUUUUCUUUUUUUUUUUUUUUCGGUUUUCUUUUUUUUUUUCUUUCCCCCACCCUGGGCUUGGCAAAGGUGGAAAUCAAAGAAACACUGUGCCCUCAUUGAACUUAAAGGAUGGAGAAUUUGGGUGGCAGGGGAAGCAGAAGAAAAGGCAGAUUUUUUUUUU